GUCAGUCGGCGAAUGAGCUCCGGCAGACACUGAUCGGUCUUCCAGCUAGUGUAGAAAUUCCCCAGAGCUUCCCCAGGAUCACUCAAUCAGAAACAGGAUGAGAUCGCACAGCCAGAUGCUGCUCCUCCUGGCGCUACUCGGCGUCCAGGUGGCAGUUCAUGUUUCCGGCCAGUCUCCGGCGGAGGCGCAGCCCCAAGCCACCGUAACCUCCGGCAGCGAUGCCACCCAGGCCCUCGACGAAAUUGAACAGGAAGCAGCCAGGACGAAAGCCAACGAGAGCACGCAGUUUAUCCGUCCCAGGUUUCCCACCCAGGAUGAGAUGCUCUCCCAAAUGGGUCCGCCCAUUCAGCCCUUCUCCACUAACCUACCGGCCCUCGAUGCCUUCUACAUGAUGUUCCCGGCUCUGGGCAGUCUGCUCCGCUGGGGCAGCGUCUUCCCCAUGGGCUCGCUGCUAGGCGCUGUGCCUGAUACUCUGCUCCAGCCCACGGGUGCUGCCUCCAAGGUCGUUCUCGUCCUGGCCGACGAUGCUGCCGCCAAGACCAGAGUACCGCGACAGGAUUCACCACCGCCGCCCCCCAACCCCCUCGAUUGGGCAGCCAACGUGGGUCAGAUGAUAACAAACAUGCAGGCGAACCCGCUGCUACCGCCUAUGCCUCUGGACGCCACUCUGGGAGCCCCGCUGCAGAGUCUGUUGCCACUGGGUUCGUUGACCGGUAUCCUCGGCCAGGCAGCUCCCGCUCCAGCCGUUUCUGCAGAUCCUCCACCACCACCUGCACCUGUGCCCGACACCCCAGCUCCGGCUCCGGCUUCACCUCCAUUUUCUGCCUUUGAUCCAGCUAAUCUGGGACAAAGCAUAACCAGCAUGUUGAGCCAGGCGCCACCCAACUUCCUGUCCCAAAUGCCCGCUGUGCCGCAAAUUCCGCAGCUCCAACAGUUUGCUCAGUUCUUGCCUCAGAUUCCCGGACUCUCCCAAGCUCCAGUCGGCCAGGCCUCUGACAUUUCCGAGGUGCGAGUGCGACCAGAGAUUCCGUAUGUGACUGGAACGCCUCAGAUGAAGAUCAAGACUGCCCUGGAGAAGGAGCAGGACAGGAGGCGGGAACAAGAAAUGGACCAGGAGCAGGACCAAGAGAGAGUGCCGCUAUUGUGGUUCCGUCUGCCCGUCGGACAUGAUAGAAAUACCCAGGGAAAGCCCAUCGAGGAUCUGCGAGUGGAGGCCAAAUUGAAGGCUUUCGAGCGCCAGGUGAUAACUGAGCUGAAAAUGCUCCAGCAGAUCGAGCGAAUGGCCAAGGAGAUGAGGACGAGUGCCGCCACCGGCACUGCCGCCCAGUCAUCGGACUAUCAGCUAAAUUAUCCACUGAACCAUACGCCUGUCCACAAGAUCACCCGGGCGGACAUCGAGCAGGCCCUCCGGGACGACUACGUCCGGCGACUUGUCCAGAAGGAGGCCCAGCGCCGUGGCUUCAUCAACCGAAAGACCGGUGGCUACAAGCGACAGGCAUUCGCCGAGGAUAAGAAUCUUUCUAAGGAGGAGAUUGUCCAGAUCAUGGCCUAUGCCUACCGGAUGGCCAACGAGCAGAUGGCGGAGGCGGAGAAAAGCAAGCAGGACAAGAUUUACGCCGCCUACAGGUCGCCAGCAGAACGCCAGUGGUCGGAGGAUCAGGCCAAGAAGCAGGAGAUUCAACAGCCGAGGCAGAUGAUCCAGCAGAACCCCCUGAUGAUGCCACAACACCAGCAGAUGGUUCAGCAGAACCAGAUGAUCCAGCAGAGUCCCAUGAUGAUGCAGCAGAGGCAGUGGUCCGAAGAGCAGACCAAGAUUCAGCAGGAGAGGCAGUGGACGGAGGAACAAGCUAAGCAACAGGCCAUCCAACAGAAUAACAUGAUGAUGCAACAGCAGAGACAGUGGUCCGAAGAACAGGCCAAGAUCCAGCAGGAGGAACAAGCUAAGCAACAGGCCAUCCAACAGAAUAACAUGAUGAUGCAACAGCAGAGACAGUGGUCCGAAGAACAGGCCAAGAUCCAGCAGAAUCCCACCAUGAUGCAGCAGAGGCAGUGGUCCGAGGAUCAGGCGAAGCAGCAGCAGCACAUGAUGCAGCAGCAGAGGCAGUGGACAGAGGAGCAGGCUAUGCAACAGGCGAUCGCCCAGCAACAGGCUGGUAUCCAGCAGGGCCCCAUGAUGAUGCAGCGGCAGUGGGCAGAAGAGGAAGCUAAAGCUCUCCAGGAUCAGCAAACGAUGCAACAGCGGCAGUGGGAUGAGCGACAAUGGGCGGAUGAGAAGGCCAAGGCCCAGCAGCAGCAGUCGCUCCAGAUGGGCCAGACUCCCAUCCAGAUGGACCAGGCUCCUAUCCUGCAACAGAUGCACCAACAGCCCAUGAUGCAGCAGCGCAUGGAGCAGCUGCUCACCCACAACCCACCCACGAAUCUAGGACAGCCGGCCGGAGACGAGGACCCCGAAGACGCAACCAUGCUGGGCGAGGCGGGUCCCCAGAUGGCGGAGAACGAGGGAACAGCCCGGCACAAAGUGGAUCCCUUGGGACUCGGUGGAAACAAGCGCAAGAAGUCCAAGUCGAGGCGUCCCGCAGUUGUCAACUACUACUACCCAGCUCCCCAGCCACAGCCCCAGUACCAGGUGCCCCAGUACCAAGUGCCCCAGUACCAGGUGCCUCAAUAUCAGGCGCCCAGCUACGGCACAUCCUACGGCGGCGGUGGCUACGGGUCUAAUGCCUACGGAAGUGGAGGCUAUGCCGCCAAUUCCUACCAAAGGGCGGCCGUGGGCAACGAGGAGGUGGACGACAUGCUCCGUCGACACCAGACCUUGGCCAGGACAAUAGCCCAGCCAGCAGCGAGUCAGGAGGAGAAGCAGCAGGAGCAGAAGACGACCACGACUAGUACCACAACCACAUCCACGACGACGACGACAGAAGCCCCACCAGCUUUGGAGGAGCAGCCACUGUCGGAGCAACGAAUUCACAAAAGUCCAUCAUCAGCACCGCCAUCUGACAUCGCCGUAGCACCACCAUCCGAUUCCGUUCCCGAGCCCGUGCUGGGCUCCGUCUUCGAGUUCAACGAGGGACUGCUGCAUCCGUUCAUGGGCCUUCUGCCGGUGGAGCGACCCGACGAUCCCUGGCGCCGGAAGCCCUACGAUCCCCAUCGCCCUCUCUACUCGGGGGGCGGUAGCUAUGCCGCCUAUCUAAAGGAUGGUCGUCGACGCAGGGACACCCACAUCAUGGGCCAGGCCACACCCGGACUUCUCACGCCCGGAAUGCUGGAGCGUCUGCUGCGGAUCAAGAUGGAGUUCCAGCGCCGGUUUCCCCACCUCUACCAGGGCAUGCUGAGUCAUCAUGCCAACCAGACCAGAGUUGAGGUGAAGCCUCCGGUUCUGGGCAGGGCGUCAUCCCCCGAGAGCCUGACCAAAAAGAUAGCACCAAAGGAGGAGGAACCCAUAUUCGAGCUAGGAGCUGCAGAGCGCAACCUCUUCGAGGACGAGGAGUCAGAUCCCCUGGAAGACGAUCCCGUCCAGGAGUUGGAAAACGAAAACGAGAAGGAGGAAAAAGAGGAGGAGCAGGAAAAGGAGCGGGACGAUAACGAUAUCGAUUACUUUAACUUUGGCAAUGACGGUGAUGAUUAUUAGACUUUUGUUACAAUCUCAAUAAAAACAAAUAUUUUUAAUUAAA